GAGAGAGAGAGAGAGAGAGAGACUGAUUAAGAAUUAGGACUGAUUCAAGGAAAGCGAGCGCUCUAUCUUUGUGCAGUUGAAUAUUAACAUUUGAGGUGCUCUGAUCAGUGGAAGAGAGACAGAGCGGAUCAUCAUUCAUUCACCACGUUGACAACCUCGUCUGUGAUUGACAGCUGGAGUGGCAAAAAGCCAUGAGAUUUGUUAGUUGGGUUUGAGGGGCACUUUUUUUCUUUUUUAAAAACUGAUUUUGGGGUAAAGAAGAUCUGCUUUCUUACCCCCGCUGCUGUGUUGGAAACGGGAGCGCUUUUAUGCUGAGUUAUUAUUUCUACCGCUUCCUUCAGGUCCAGUAGACUGAAGAUUUGGGACCGAUUGAUCACAUUGCUGGAGACUUUAAAGGAUUUUUUUCAUCAUUGUUGUUGUUGUUGCUUUUUUCCGGGGGAGUUUGCGUUUUUGUUUCUUUCCACACUGGCCUUAAAGAGGAUAUAUUAGAAGUUGAAGUAGGAAGGGAGCCAGGCAGGCCGAUGGCGCAAAGGUACGACGAUUUACCCCAUUACGGGGGGAUGGAUGGAGUAGGUAUCCCCUCCACGAUGUAUGGGGACCCUCACGCUGCGAGAUCCAUGCAGCCAGUUCACCAUCUGAAUCACGGUCCUCCUCUGCACUCUCAUCAAUACCCGCACACAGCUCACACCAACGCCAUGGCCCCCAGCAUGGGCUCCUCUGUCAAUGACGCUUUAAAGAGAGAUAAAGAUGCCAUUUAUGGACACCCCCUGUUCCCUCUCUUAGCACUGAUUUUUGAGAAAUGUGAAUUAGCUACUUGUACACCCCGCGAGCCGGGGGUAGCAGGCGGAGAUGUCUGCUCCUCAGAGUCUUUCAAUGAAGACAUAGCAGUGUUCGCCAAACAGAUUCGUGCAGAAAAACCUCUAUUUUCUUCUAAUCCUGAACUGGAUAACUUGAUGAUCCAAGCCAUACAAGUAUUAAGGUUUCAUCUGUUGGAAUUAGAGAAGGUACACGAAUUAUGUGACAAUUUCUGCCACCGGUAUAUUAGCUGUUUGAAAGGAAAAAUGCCUAUCGAUUUGGUGAUAGACGAUAGAGAAGGCGGAUCAAAAUCAGACAGUGAAGAUAUAACAAGAUCAGCAAAUCUAACAGAUCAGCCAUCUUGGAACAGAGAUCAUGAUGACACAGCAUCCACACGAUCAGGAGGAACGCCAGGACCCUCCAGUGGGGGGCACACAUCACAUAGUGGGGACAACAGCAGCGAGCAAGGUGAUGGCUUGGACAACAGUGUAGCUUCCCCCAGCACAGGUGAUGAUGAUGAUCCAGAUAAGGACAAAAAGCGUCAUAAAAAGCGUGGCAUCUUUCCCAAAGUAGCCACAAAUAUCAUGAGGGCGUGGCUGUUCCAGCAUCUAACACAUCCUUACCCUUCUGAAGAACAGAAAAAGCAGCUGGCACAAGACACAGGCCUCACUAUACUUCAAGUGAACAAUUGGUUUAUUAAUGCUAGAAGAAGAAUAGUUCAGCCCAUGAUAGACCAGUCCAAUCGAGCAGGCAAGUCCCCCAUAGUAACUGUAUUCAAGUCACGCAAGCGAAAGCCAUCCUCAAGCCAUUCACCGGGAGGUCCAUUACCUGUAAGUCAAGGAACACCUUAUAACCCCGAUGGACAACCAAUGGGCGGUUUCGUAAUGGAUGGUCAGCAACACAUGGGCAUCAGAGCACCAGGGCUGCAAAGUAUGCCAGGGGAGUAUGUAGCUCGGGGUGGUCCAAUGGGUGUGAGUAUGGGACAGCCAAGUUAUACCCAACCCCAGAUGCCCCCACAUCCUGCUCAGCUGCGUCAUGGGCCCCCCAUGCAUACCUACAUUCCUGGACACCCUCACCACCCAACAGUGAUGAUGCAUGGAGGACCAUCCCACCCUGGAAUGCCAAUGUCAGCAUCAAGCCCCACAGUGCUUAAUACAGGAGACCCAACAAUGAGUGGACAAGUCAUGGACAUUCAUGCUCAGUAGCUUAAGGGAAUAUGCAUUGUCUGCAAUCGUGACAGAUUUCAAAUAUCGUUUUUCUGCAUUGACUGUGGAGUUCCAUUCUUGGCAUCUACUGUGGACCAAGGAGCAUCCCUAAUUCUUCAUAGGGACCCUUAAAAAAGCAGGAAACACCAACCGAAGUCAACUUUGGGGACAUGCUAAAUAACUAUAUAAGACAUUAAGAGAACAAAGAGUGAAAUAUUGUAAAUGCUAUUAUACUGUUAUCCAUAUUACGUUGUUUCUUAUAGAUUUUUUAAAAAAAAAUGUGAAAUUUUUCCACACUA